AUGCUCUCGGCGUCUAGUUCCAUCUCCAGCGCUCGCGCUUUCGCCCCGGCGCGCGUCGCGAAGCGCGCGAGCGCGACCCGCGGUCCCGUCAAGGUGAGCGCACUGACGUGCAGCACGGCGGACUUUAAGGUCGGUCUGUCGCUGGAGAUCGACUCCAACCCGUGGAGAAUCACUGAGUUCAUGCACGUUCAGCCCGGUCGUGGAUCGGCGUUCGUUCGCACCAAACUGCGCAACUUGCUCACGGGGAACAUCAACGAGAAGACGUUUCGCUCUGGUGAAAAGUUUGAGCUCGCCGACGUCUCCAAGGAGACAAUGCAGUUCACGUACAUGGAUGGCGACGAUUACAUGUUCAUGAACAUGGAGACCUUCGAAGAGCUUCGGGUCCCGCCGGUGGCGGUGAACAAGUUCGUCAAGGAGGGCAUGGACUGCGCCAUCGUGCAGUGGAACGGUAAGGUCAUCGGGUGUGAGGUGCCGAACCCUUUCACGUUCACCGUGACGGAGACUGAUCCGGGUCUCAAGGGUAACACCGCCAGUGGGGGUGACAAGCCGGCGACGAUCGAGACCGGCGCAGUGGUCACCGUUCCCCUCUUCGUGAACGUCGGCGACCAGAUCAUCGUCAACACCGAUGAGGGAACCUACAAAUCCCGCGCGUGA